AAGAAAAAAAGACAUGGAGAAAAGAAAACAUCGAUUAUUACAUGAGGACGGUAAUGAAGGACGGCCAUAGACAAGCAUGGACAGGCAAGAACGAGAACUUCCUCAAGAAAGCGAAGGAGAAUCAGGAGGAGGAGGAGGAGUCACUACAGAAAAGAGUCACUAACUUCGCGGGAUCCUUCAGCGCUCACGGAAUCGGCAAAGUGUUCCUGAGUCGACAUUGGUGGCGGCGUGUGUUGUGGCUUGUGGUGUGCCUGGUGAUGGCUGGCUGGGGGACCUUCCAGUGUUACAGCAUCAUCACAGAAUAUUUCCAGUACCCGAAGAAAGUCACUAUUGAGAUCAUCGAGGAGACAAAGGCGGUGUUCCCUGCAAUUACACUGUGUAACCUGAACCCGCUGCCCGCUAGAUCAUCUAUCGUAGGUCACCAAACUUGGACUUCUUUUGUUGAUGUAGAGGACGAAAACUCUGAAGCAAUCUGUGAAGGAUUAUAUCCGGACGGGACCUCGUACGACUACUACGACUACUACAAUUACCCCUACUCGGGAUCCUACAUGGACAAUUAUUAUGGCGGUUACUACUACAGUGGUGACUCAAGCACAUCAUCAUCCACAUCAUCCUACCCCUGGGGAGGUUCCAGGAGUAGUACAUCAUCCUACCCCUGGGGAGGUUCCAGCAGUAGUACAUCCUCCACCUCCUGGAGAGGCUCCAGCAGUAGUACAUCCUCCACCCCCUGGGGAGGUUACAGCAGUGGCAAAUCCACCGGUGGUUCCAGCAGUAGUACAUCCUCCAUCCCCUGGGGAGGUUCCAGUGAAGGUACAUCUUCCACCCUCUGGGGAGAUUCCAGCAGCAGUACAUCAUCCACCCCCUGGGGAGGCUCCACUGAAGGUACAUCCUCCACCGCCUGGGGAGGUUCCAGUGAAGGUACAUCCUCCACCCAAUGGAGAGGCUCCACUGAAGGUACAUCCUCCACCAACUGGGGAAGUUCCAGCAGCAGUACAUCAUCCACCCCCUGGGGAGGCUCCACUGAAGGAACCAGUGACGACAUGAUGGGUAGCAAGAGAAAAAGGAGAAGCCUGGAGGACCUAAAAGCAAUGACACCGAGAUUCGUGCCACACCUGAGACAAGACAGGGGAAACACAAGACACUGGAUGAACACAGCACCGAAGAUGGAGAGGGAAGAAGACGAAGCGAGUAGAGUAAAUGGAGACGAGGAGAGAAGAGACAAAAUUUCGCUGGUGAGAAACGUCACUACACAAAGCCUCAAAAAACUUCAAGAGAGACAUAAGAACAGAACAUCGUCCAGGGAAAAGAGGAACGUGUUCUGGUCCUUCCUUUUCGGAGACGAGGAGGAGGAAGAGGAGGAAGAAGAGGAGAUGGAAGUGGUAACAUCGGGUGAAAGGGCCAUACCUUCCCCUUCCUCGCCCAAAUCAGAUAUGGUUGAUUACUUGACGUUUAUAAAGGCGAGUCUAUUCCCUGUCCACACGUAG